UAACUAUUCUGAGCGGCAUUGAGGGGGUCUUCAUUCGCUUAUCGCGUAGUUAUCGUAAAGCCAUCGUAAAGGUGGAAGCUUAUUGUUUUCCAGUUUUCAACGUUGCAACACGACCGACUAAUACGAUCGAAACUGCCUGAACAAUUCCAUUUAAAGUUGCGGUUUCACGGUGACAAACGCGAUCGAGCGUCCCUCGGCACGACGCUCCGGGCGAUCGUCGAAUCGAACGUAUCGAAAGUGACAAUCGCGAGUUUUUAAAUGUAUUGAUCGACAUACGAGUAUUUCUUUAUCGCUCGCAAGCGGCUAGCCCGCCGAUUUGCAUGCGUCGCGCAAGCUGCAGGAAUUUGAUGCGUCAAGGACCGAGUUGGAUUUCUUAUCGGGUACUUACACACGUAUCUUGCUCCGAACUCGGAACGAAUUUUCAGCGUCGCUCGGAACAGAAGCGUCUGGAUAAACGAUGGGUUGACACGAGGUUUACAUACUUUGCGCUCAAGUGCAUCCUCGAUCCGUUGCGCAACGUUAGUGCGACGUAAAACAAUGUGAACACCUCGCUUCGAACGAUCCACGAUCGUUCGCGAAUCGAUAGGUUCUUCGGUACACAAAAAUUCGAUCCCAUUGUCGACUAUUGAUGUAUUAUUGCCCCGAUAUAAUCGAGUCGUUUUUCUAAAAAUAUACUCACGUCAAAGAAGAUACUAUAUACGAAUGAGAUGUGAAAAGGCGGCACUUUUAUGUAUCAGCUCGCGGGGAUCGUUUAUCAUCGCAAAUAAAGUAGUGUACACUUGAUAAGUCGGUAGAUCAAUAACGACUGCGAGGAGGAAAUUUGCCUCUCCGACUCUGUUUCAUAUAUAAUCCAGGAUGUUUUUUCUGAUCCUGUUGGAUGCGGAUUGCUCCGGCCGCAUGCUGGCCACCAUCCUGGUCGCGUGGGUGACGACGGCGAUGAUAGCCUCGAUAUUACUGCAAUGGCAGCACAUGUGGAUCGUUCUGGUAAUAUUGACGCUGCUCUUCUUCUUCGUUUGCGGCUACACCGUCUACACCGUGAAAAGAACUCAGGCGAGAAUUCUGAUCGAGCAGCGAAGAGCGGCGAUUCGGACUAUCUCGGACAUUACUGCCAAUCGCGGACAGGCGGGACCGCUGGCGUUCACGAUGCGCUCGGCUCCAGAUUUACCGCCGUCUUACGCGUCUGUGAUGACCGUUCAGGAAACAUCCGGAACACCUGGUCAAACGUCAAGAACUGUCGAUCCACCCGGCGAGAACAAAUUCCUCGAGGAUCCUCCGCCAUACGCCAUCGUGGUCGCUUCUAUAAAUAUGCAGGAGCGAAACGCGGAAGUCUCGAAUGAACCGUACGUGCUGCCCGUCGAGUUGACGAAAAAAUACGACGCCGCCGUCGCUUCCGCUAGUUCCGGCCUCGCCUCCGCGUCACACACGUGCCCGCAUCCGAGAUGAUUUAAACGAAUUAGUCCUGCGGAAGACGCAAAUAAAGCUGGCACUGAAAAAUGCCGAAUCACGCGAAGGAUGUGCGAACGAGUGGAUUUCUGAUACGAUCACUCGAUCAAGAUCGAAAUCUCUCGUCCGCGAAAGCGAUUGUUAUCUCGAAGAAAUCAUCAGCGAGAAGAGCUUAUAUUGUCAGGCGAAGAAAAACGACCGAUCAGAAUUCCGAAUUCGUAUAUAUAUAGUAUAUACGAUCGACUAAAAGCGCGUUUAUCGCGAACGAAAGGGUCGCGACACAUAUCUGUUUCGUUCUUUCAAGAAUUUUAAUAGAUUCUCGUAACCGCGAUACCUCGCGCCCGUUUUACGACACGCGAAAUCUUUAAUUUGUAUUCCCCGCAUGUCCAUCCUUAGCGGAGUUUAUACAGCGUUAUAUGCAUUUGUAAUUUUUAUAGCGCGUGCUGCGUAAUAAAGACUGAGUCCGAUUUGUAGCACCAUUGCAGUUGACCCUUUUACAGUAUUGCUGGAUUAUGAAUAUUAAUUCGAAGAAACCCAUCAAACAGCACGCGAGUUUAAGGGCCACUUCGACCAAACUCCGAUUAACUUUAAUCGUUGCAUGAUUAGUCUAUCUGGAAGUGACCGCAUUUGUUAAUCUACUUAAUGAGCAAAUGCGAUUGGUCAUUUCCAAUGGACUAAUCAACGAUUAAGUUAAACGGAUUUUCGUCGAAGUGGCUUUUAGAGACAUCUCAAAGUUAUCUUUUUUAAAGACGUUUUUAAGACUUUUACCAAAAGACGUUUUAUAGACGUCUUCAAGACUUUCUGACAACUCAAACCCCAGAUAUUAUUAUAUAUAGAAUUUAUGAGACAAACGUUCAGCUAAUUUUUAUGUUUAAAAUUUUUAUGUUAAUUAAAUUUUAUGCAAGGUAGGCGUUAUGAUACAAUAUAUCUGUUGCUCUUCUUCCUGCAUGUGCUAUGUCUAUACAACGAUACGAAGUGGUGAAUGAUGUGGACUGCCUGACUGUCGCAAGAAUACAAUUAAUUCUACAUGUAGAAAUAUUAAAUGAAUAAUAAAAUCAAAUUUUUUAUUCCGGCGAAGGAUUUGAGACCAUGAUUAUGCUCCAUGAUUAUGUAUAUGAAUCACCAAAAUUCGACGAUCGCACAAUGUUAAUCUCGAUCUAUAUUGUACUUUUCACUAUCGUCAAAUAAAUUUCCAUGUAACAUAAUAA